AUGGCCAUUUACGGGUGUCACCUCUCGUUCUUCAUGUCGUUCUCUCUUCUCUGCGCCACCACCGUGGCCACCGCCACUGGUGUCAGCCCUAGCCGUGAUUCCCAAUACCUUGAGGAGGCGCUCCUCUGCAAACAGACGUACGGCUUCAUGCCCUGCUCCACAACUGCAUUGGGGAACCUGUUUUUGAUCAUCGUUUAUGGAUACCUGAUUUUCGUGGCAUGCAAGUGUGUUUUUGACGGGAGAGAGAUGUUGAAGAUUCUUGGUCCCGGUUGUCUUGGAAAAAUUGUUCUUCCCAAGCUUGAUGCGCUUCCCAGCGCCAUACUCAUUCUUGUGUCUGGACUUUCUGGAACUAAGGAAUCUGCUCAAAGUCGGGUCUUGGUGGGAAUGGGGUUGCUAGCAGGAUCAACUGUCAUGCUUCUUACUGUAAUAUGGGCAUCCUGUAUCAUAGUUGGAAAACAUGACAUUAAGCGUUCAGUUGCUGAAGAUGGUCAAUAUACAAAAGGAUUUAGCUUAACUGAAACCGGUGUUAGUACGGAUAUCUGGACGUGCUAUACUGCAAGAAUAAUGGUUGUAUCUGUCAUCCCAUUUAUUGUUGUUCAAAUACCACAGAUACUCCAUUCAACUUCAGGAAGAGACUUUGCGGUUUUGAUUGCUCUAAUUCUAUCUGUAUUGAUGCUCACUGCUCAUUGCAUUUAUCAGGUCGUUCAGCGCUCGGAUCAGAGGCUGAGUUUUGUUGAAGAUGGUGCUGCUGACAUGUUACUAGAAGGCGGCAAGACAGAUCAGGAGAAUCAGACCUGCGAUGUUGAAAAUCCUAAGUCGAUCUACUUUAAAGCAGUGCCAAUGUUGAUUAUUGGCACCAUUAUUGCUGCUGCAUUUGCUCAUCCUCUAGUGGAUGCUGUUACUAACUUUUCCAAUGCAACAAGUAUCCCUCCAUUCUUCGUUUCAUUCAUUGCACUGCCUAUGGCAACAAAGUUAAGCGUAGUGGUACCAUUGCUCAUUGAUGCCAGCCAUAGGAACAGAACCGCCUCAUCAACAUUUAUCAAGUUAUACACAACUGUGUCAACGGAUAAUGUGAUUUAUCUAUCAGCUUUCUUAGCUAUCGUCUACAUCAGAGGAUUGAGUUGGGAUUUUUCAGCAGAAGUGCUGGCAAUUGCUGUUGUAUGCAUUCUGGUGGGAGGCUUUGCCAGUGUCCGUACCACUUUCCCCCUUUGGACUUGUUUACUUGCUUACAUGCUGUAUCCUUUCUCCUUGGCACUGGUCUAUGUUCUUGAUUACGUCUUGGGGUGGGCAUAGUUAAGAAGAUGUAUUAUAAUUAUAAAACAAUAAAACUAUGUGAUGUAAUAAUAUUUCAUUGCAUAGUGAUAUAUUAUGAAUAUAGCAUGACUCAGUA